AAUCAUGUCCGGGUGAACAUACCAUGUCGGGAAGACGGCAAACUAAAAUGCAAACUAAAAUGCAACCAUUUAUAUUUAGAGAACGGCAUAUUUUGGACAAAAUGACGAUACCAACAGUUGCUAUCCGUAACUUAGUAAGUUAACAGUUAUGAUAUCCUGCAAGUGACUGAAUCUUAGCUUGUUUAAAGCUAUUUGAAAGUUGCCUUACAUGUUAGUUUGUUGAAGUAGCCUACAGAGAUACACCAGGAUACACCUUGCUACCUAGUGACAAUGAGUCUUCUAACUCGCACUACCGAGGGGUUCAGCUCCACUGAGUACUGGGAACGCUUCUUCAAGAAGAGAGGAGAGACGGCUUUUGACUGGUAUGGAGACAACAACAAACUCUGUGGCAUGCUGCUCAAAUACAUCAAACCUCGGGAUAAGAUCUUGGUGGUGGGCUGUGGUAACUCUGAGCUGAGUGAGCAUCUGUAUGAUGUCGGCUACAGACAUCUGACCAACAUUGACAUCAGUGAGACGGUGGUGAAUCACCUGACCUUCCAGAAGGUGGAUGCCACACAGACCCCCAAUGAGGACAGAAGCUACCAAGCUACGCUGGACAAGGGGACACUGGACGCCAUGGCCUCCCAGGAGGAGGGGGUUCUAGCUGGGAGGAUACUGGCUGAGCAGCCUCCACUCAGAAGAAGAGCAGAAGGAAAGCCCUCUGCCCCUCCCCCUGUGCCCUCACAGACACCAGGUGGCACCCUGGCGGUGGAUAAGGGCUUGGUCUGUUGUGCCCACCACAGGGUCAUGGUGGCUGGCCUUGCCAUACUAGGGGUGGGCUCCAACCACAACAAAGACGUCCUAGUGUCAGUGCUCCUGGUGGGGCUGGGUGGAGGAGGGCUGGAGCUGGACCCUGCAGUGCUGAACCUGAAGGUUGCAUGAGGAGAGGAGGAUGAGAAGAGGGGACCUUGUGAACAAGUAUCAUGAUCUCAUACUUUACUGUAUACAAAAUAAAAACAUGUACAGAUGUAGUUUAUUCUAACACUAUCAAUCAAGUAAAGAAUGUUUUAUUCUCAAA